CCACGCCUCUUACGUCCGGACGCUCGGCCGCCUCCGGAGGCGCCGUAAUCGCGGUCCAGAAGGGAAAGGAGCACGUCUCUUCGAGGAGCUGUGAUGGUGCUGAGUUUGCGGCGGGAGCCGACCGAGACGCGGCGGUCUCAGCCAUGAAGGUUUAACAUUGGGGGCCGAGAUCUAAAAGCGCUAGCAAACUGGAUGUGUCUGCAUCGCCAGUAGGUACGCAGCAAGUAAUUUGACAGCUUGAGUUCUUCAAGGUGGGGGAGUGGUGCUAAGGAUCAAGUACACUGUUUUAGAAAAAGAAAACAAAACCCAAACAUGAGGAAGGCGGGUGCCACAUCUAUGUGGGCUUCAUGCUGUGGACUGCUGAAUGAAGUCAUGGGAACCGGAGCUGUCAGGGGCCAGCAGGCAGGAUUCACCAGAAGCACCGGUCCAUUCAGAUUUACGCCAAAUUCUGAUUUUUCCACUACUUUUCCACCAGCGCCUACUGAAGCACCUAAUAUAGUUUGUAAAGCCUGUGGACUUGCAUUUUCAGUCUUCAGAAAGAAGCACGUAUGCUGUGACUGCAAGAAGGAUUUUUGCUCCGUUUGCUCAGUUUUACAAGAAAAUCUUCGUAGAUGUUCCACCUGUCACUUAUUACAAGAGACAGCCUUUCAGCGCCCUCAGUUAAUGCGACUGAAAGUGAAGGAUCUGCGGCAGUAUCUCAUUCUUAGAAACAUACCCAUUGAUACCUGUCGAGAGAAAGAAGACUUGGUAGAUUUAGUGCUGUGCCACCAUGGGCUGGGCUCUGAGGACAACCUGGACACCAGCAGUCUGAAUUCCUCAAGAUCCCAGAAUUCCAGUUUUUUUACACAUUCAUAUUUUUCAAGCUACACAGCCCCCUCUGCUACCAUGUCUUCAUUUCAGGAAGAACUAAUGGGUAGAGACCAGACCUUAGGAUCUGGAGCCUUGGCACAGGUACAAAGUGAAAUAGCAUCAGCAAACACAGAAGAUGACGACGACGACGACGAAGAUGAUGAUGACGACGACGAUGACAACGAGGAAGAAGACAACUUGGAGGAACGGGCGCCUGGCCUCUCCAAGAAGAGACUGAGAGCCUCUCUGUCUGACCUGUCAAGCCUUGAAGAUGUGGAAGGGAUGAGUGUGCGCCAGCUGAAGGAAAUCCUGGCUCGGAAUUUUGUCAAUUAUUCUGGCUGUUGUGAAAAAUGGGAGCUGGUAGAGAAAGUAAACCGCUUAUACAAAGAGAAUGAAGAAAACCAAAAGUCAUAUGGCGAGCGGCUGCAGCUGCAGGAAGAGGAGGAUGACAGCCUGUGCCGGAUCUGCAUGGACGCCGUCAUCGACUGUGUCCUGCUCGAGUGUGGGCACAUGGUCACCUGCACCAAGUGCGGCAAGCGCAUGAGCGAGUGUCCCAUCUGCCGCCAGUACGUGGUGCGCGCCGUGCACGUGUUCAAGUCCUGAAGUAGACGCUCUCCCCAACAGGACGUUCGCCCCCAGGCUUGAACCCAGACAUUUCAGUGUAUAGAAGGGACUGGAAACUUGUUAAAAGUUGAAGUUAUUUUUAAAAUUUAUUUUCACGAACUGGGAACAAAGAUUCAUCCUAAGUUACGGCAACAUUGGUCCAUCCAUGCCCUACGCCUGUCAGCCUGUGGACAUGCUGUUUCCCAGGUUCAGCCUGGCUUCACCACACGUCUGUGAUCAGUAACUGCUGAAGUCAUACUGCUUAUGGCAUCAGCUUCUCUCCCUUUGAAGACAUUUAUCUUCUCUUACUUCUCCAUUCUCCUGUUUUUAACUUAAACUACUCAGAUGUUUGAAACUUCUGUUUGGAUGAGAUCACUGUCCUCAACUGACUAACAUGGUACAUGCUGAGCAGUGGCACCUCUGAAUGUUCACUUUAUUAGUCAUGGUUAUUUUAAAUGCUACUAUUUGAUGAAUGUAAGUUUCCACAUUGUUGCUAUUUCUGAAAUUAAAUUUCAUUGAGAACACUGACAUCCUUCUAUAUAGUCAAAUGCCAGGGCCUUAGAGACUAAUAAACAUGUCCAUUUCUGUUCAGGUACAGCUUUUUAUAGCAAGGGCUGCAUCUAGCUUCUUCACCAGAGAAAAGUGUGUGUUAAAUUCUUUACUAAUGUGUAAUUGGUUUACACUGUUUUUUGUAUAGUGAAAGUGUAUUUUCAGUGCUACUGCUAGCUAAUUUGAACUUUAGGAAUAAAAUUAGAUUUUCAAAAAUG